CUGUCUCCAUUCUCUAAUCAACUUUCUCAUUCUCCAGCUGCAAGAGCUAGAAGCAAAGAAAACUAAAACUCCAAAACGCCACUGAAAGACUCAAUAAGAGUGGUAGUAGUACUAGGACCAUCUGAAGAGCACAGAGAAUUUGAAGGUAGAGAGAAGAAAGAAUGAAGAUGAAUGGUACAAGUAUGGGAUCGUCAUCAUCGAAAAGAAGAAGGUUAAGUAGAGGACUUGGAGGAGUUCUUAAAGAACAAAGAAGUAGACUUUACAUCAUAAGGAGAUGUGUUGUUAUGCUUUUAUGCUGGCAUGAUUAAUGAUCGUGGUCUUACCCGGAAAAUAUCGAUCGGCCGAUCAUCACCGGUAACCUUUGCGAUUUUAUUAAGAGGAUCAAAUUUCUCUUGUGAGUGUAAAUAUCAGGCGAAAAUUUGUACUUUGUUGCUCUCUUUUUGUUUUCUUCUUUGUGGUGAAGUUUUACUCGUUGUAAACGCUGUUUCUUUGACGCGUUACCGUUUAACAAAUAGGUAGAUUCAUAGGUAUAUGGGGGCUUUCUAGUUAACAACAUAAAUGAAUGAACUAAUUAAUGAAAUGAAAUAGUCGUUCUUGAUUGAAA